AUGCAGCAGGGACGCCCCGGGACCAGGGACGCCCCAGACCCCAGGGACGCCCCAGGCACCAGGGACGCCCCAGACCCCAGGGAUGCAGCAGGGACGCCCCGGGACCAGGGACGCCCCAGACCCCAGGGAUGCAGCAGGGACGCCCCAGACCCCAGGGAUGCAGCAGGGACGCCCCAGGCACCAGGGACGCCUCAGACCCCAGGGAUGCAGCAGGGACGCCCCAGACCCCAAGGCUGCAGCAGGGACGCCCCAGGCACCAGGGACGCCCAAGACCCCAAGGAUGCACCAGGGACGCCCCGGGACCAGGGACGCCCCAGACCCCAGGGAUGCAGCAGGGACGCCCCAGACCCCAGGGAUGCAGCAGGGACGCCCCAGGCACCAGGGACGCCCCAGACCCCAGGGAUGCAGCAGGGACGCCCCAGACCCCAGGGAUGCAGCAGGGACGCCCCAGACCCCAGGGAUGCAGCAGGGACGCCCCAGGCACCAGGGACGCCCAAGACCCCAAGGAUGCACCAGGGACGCCCCGGGACCAGGGACGCCCCAGACCCCAGGGAUGCAGCAGGGACGCCCCAGACCCCAGGGAUGCAGCAGGGACGCCCCAGGCACCAGGGACGCCCCAGACCCCAAGGAUGCACCAGGGACGCCCCGGGACCAGGGACGCCCCAGACCCCAGGGAUGCAGCAGGGACGCCCCGGGACCAGGGACGCCCCAGACCCCAAGGAUGCAGCAGGGACGCCCCAGACCCCAGGGAUGCAGCAGGGACGCCCCAGACCCCAGGGAUGCAGCAGGGACGCCCCAGGCACCAGGGACGGCCCAGACCCCAAGGAUGCAGCAGGGACGCCCCAGGCACCAGGGACGGCCCAGACCCCAAGGAUGCAGCAGGGACGCCCCAGGCACCAGGGACGCCCCAGGCACCAGGGAUGCAGCAGGGACGCCCCAGGCACCAGGGACGCCCCAGGCACCAGGGACGCCCCAGACCCCAGGGAUGCAGCAGGGACGCCCCAGGCACCAGGGACGGCCCAGACCCCAAGGAUGCAGCAGGGACGCCCCAGGCACCAGGGACGGCCCAGACCCCAAGGAUGCAGCAGGGACGCCCCGGGACCAGGGACGCCCCAGACCCCAGGGAUGCAGCAGGGACGCCCCGGGACCAGGGACGCCCCAGACCCCAGGGAUGCAGCAGGGACGCCCCGGGACCAGGGACGCCCCAGGCACUAG